UAUCAGUUGCGAUUGCGAUCUCAGAUUUCGUUUCCCGCUCUCUUUCCGCCGCUCUUCUUCCUCUUCCUACACACCGUCCCUGGCUGGAGAUAUUACACCAUGUCGUCGUCCCGUCUUGGUUUCCGAUUCUUCCAGAACAGCCGUGCGGCUUUCCGCAAUGGCGCUGGUCCCUUCCGUCGGCCUGGUGCCCAGGGAUUCCGCUUCCAGAGCAGCGACGCCGCGUCCGAGCAACAGAGCACUUUUCGGCGCAUGUGGGACAGCCCUAUUGGCGUCAAGACGGUUCAUUUCUGGGCCCCUGUCAUGAAGUGGGCGCUGGUCAUCGCCGGUAUCUCCGACUUCAGCCGUCCCGCUGAGAAGCUGUCCCUUACGCAGAACGGUGCCCUGACGGCCACCGGCGCCAUCUGGACCCGCUGGUGCAUGAUCAUCACCCCGCGCAACUACCUUCUCGCCGCCGUCAACUUCUUCCUCGGAUGCGUCGGCGCCGUCCAGGUCACCCGUAUCUUCAACUACCGCCGUAGCGUGGAGGGGUCCUCCAAGGAGGCCCUGAAGGAGAUGGAGCACGAGAUGGUCGAGCCGGCUAAGGCUGCUGCUCACAAGGUGGAGGCCGCUAUUGAGAAGAAGUCUUCGUGAGCUUUCUUGGAGCGGUGUAUUUAUCGUGUCUAUACAUAGAAUCUUGGUAGGGUUUUGCUCAAUGGUAUAAAAUUCGUCAGUCA